AUGCCUAGUUUAAAGCAGGACACUAUGAACACUAUAGCUGCAGCUGUAGCUGUAAAAGACGAUGACCCGCGAAUGCAAGAUAUCCAGAAAGGUCUAGGACAUAUAUUGAAACAUCACCUGGAUGCUAAUAGUAUCAAUCAUCAAUUUAUCGAUGUGAACAAACUGGCUGUUUAUAUAUUUAAAGACAUGGUUAAACAUUUUGAGAUGAUAACAGUGAUUUUACAAUUGAAGAACUAUACCAACUUGAGGGGUGGUAAUAAUGCCAUCGACCCGCGUCAAUAUGAGGAGAUGAUCAACUUGGCGGGCGACGAGCAUGUGACCGAUUUGACGGAUGACGAGGACAUGGUUGAUUUGACGGGUGACGAGCAUGUGAUCGAUUUGACGGGUGACGAGGACAUGGUUGAUUUGACGGGUGACGAGCAUGUGAUCGAUUUGACGGGUGACGAGGACAUGGUUGAUUUGACGGGUGACGAGCAUGUGAUCGAUUUGACGGGUGACGAGGACGUGGUUGAUUUGACGGGUGAUGAGGACCGCACAUAUAGUCCUCCCCCUCCCUAUUGCCCUUGA